AUGCCCUUUUGCAGCUUAAAGGGAUCUGCAAGAUACGAGGAGCAAGAUGGAAGAACAGCUCUGUAUUUAGACGGAAGUAGUGGGACGUGCGCGGAGACUCCGUCUCUUCCCAUCCAUCGCACAAACCUGACAAUCGCCGUAUGGAUCAAAAUGAAGAGGUCGGGUGCACAAUAUCCAGUUUAUGGUGACUGGUCUUCUCCUUGGUCAUUUCGAUUGUAUAUUGAACCGAACAGUCACAUUUGUGUCCAGGCGAGAAAUGAAUAUGAUAUAGAUUUUCUGGUGUUGUGUACAAGGUAGAUAUUUUCACGUGUCUUUAUUACUUUUUGUAUGUCGGUAUAGUCGUCUCAUCCAUCUGAUUAUUGCGAUGAGUGGCAUCGAAUGUUCAUAUUCAUAAUAUAUCUCCAGCCUUUAUUAAUCGCAGACUUGUCUCUCACAAAGAUGCCAAUCUACAACUCGUUCCAUAGAGUACUCUUACACACAGCCGACUGCCAUUAGGGAUAAGAACAAGUAUUCCUUUUACCCAAGGACAAUUACAGAAUGGAACAAACUCCCAAGGGGUAUAGCAUUGUCCAAUUCACUGGCUGCUUUUAAAAGUGCAAUUUCAAACAUUUAUUGACACUUUUAUUACUUUGCACUCAUAAGCGCUAUUUCUGUCAGUUUUGUUUUCCUUUGUUUUUUUGUUUUUUCUAGAGCGGUCUAAAAUGCUCAAUAUUGAGUGAAAGACUAAAUGGUAAAUAAAUAAAUAAUCAAUGAUUAAUAGCAUCAUCGAGGAGUAUUCCACGAUACGCAAUGAGUAAUCGAACAUAGGGAAACACUUUCCGGGAUGAAAACAAGUUGAUGUAAACUCCUAUUUCGCUGACCUUGAUAUGACUGCUUUUAUGAGAGUAUUUUUUAGUACGCGAGUGAACUUGAUUCCAUAGUUGUUGGAGUUGGAGAACUGUUCAUGUAAGCAAGUAACCUAAUCAGCUAGGGCGGAACCAGAACCUUUAGAAAAGGGCGGGGGGAUAACUUGCCAGCUUUUUGAUACUAUUCAUUUUUCCGAGAAUUGUUAAAUUUGAGAGAAAAAGUGAGGGGGGGAGGGGUGGGGGAAGCCACCGCUAAAUCUGCCCUUGCCACUAAAGCCUGGUUUUCAUAUGUCAGGAAAAUCCCAGACGAUCGGGGAUGUUAGUUUUUGCUGACCAUUCCAGAUACAUCGGAUAAUCGCCAGAAGUCUGUCCCAGAUUGUCGAGAGAAGCCAUGUUUAUUUGUGAUAGGGGGGCUGGCGCCCAGCAAUUUAGGGGAUUGGUAAUGAGCGAAAUCCAUCGCAGACGUUCCCGACGGUACAAAUUUGAGUUUUCAUUUGUCGGGAAUGAUCGACGACCAUCGCAGAAAUCUGUGACGUAUCGGGAAAAUAGAACGCUCCCGAUUCUCCAGAAUUGUCCCUGUCCAUCCCUGACGAUCGGGAAUAUCUUAGAUUUCGAGUUUUCAUUAGUCGGCAAAAUCAGGGACGGUCUGGAAACAGUAAAAUCCCCGAUCGUCUGGGAUUUUCUCGACAUAAGAAAACCAGGCUUAGAGUGUAUUAUGAAUUCCGCUCUCGUAUCAUGAGAAGAGAGUCAUGAGACCUCUUCAACUGGCAUAGAUUUUCAUUACACUCUCAGCCUCAGCCUCAUAUAAAAAUUGUUGAAUAGGGAAACAAGUGUAACUUUUGAUCUGAAGUAAUUUGACGUCGACAAAACGUUGUUGAUUUAAAUUUAUUGGUUUCCAUUACUUAAUGAAUAUUAAAAACAAGUAUGGAUUUAAAUUGUCAACGUAAACAGCAGCAUCAGUUAGAUACCUAGAGUGUAGUUUCUCGGAUGGUGAUGUUUUGUUGAAAAGUUCGCCAUCUUGGAUUCCCAUUUUGAAUUAAUUCAAAUGUAACAAAAUCACUCUUGUCAAAUUAAUCGAGAGGAAAAGGCUAAAAAAGUAAAUGCCACCCGUGACAUAUCAAUCCCCUCUCUAUUUUUUGCAGAGAUACUGUCCGAGUUAACAAGUGGAGUCACGUGGCAAUGACUUGGGGACGAACAGAAGGUACUCUAAGGCUUUUCAUAAACGGAGAGAUGAAUACGAGUAAGAAAGUGACAGGCGACUCAAUGGACAUCAAGAAUUCAGGCCAUUCCGUGUACGACAUUGGCUUAAAGAGAGAUGGCGGGACAACUACACAAGCGUACUACAGUGACCUCAUGGUGUUUAGUCGGGAGCUACGCUUUUCAUCCACCGAAAAUGUGAAUCAGAUAAAGGAACAUCUUGUUCUUAAUCACCCACUGUACACUUAUACUUAA